UAUAUCAUAUAAGCUUAACCUUUAUAAAACCUCAAUGUAUCCGUUUACGAAUAGUUUAUGCUAAAAUAAAAUGUUUCAUGGAUGACUGUUGUUUACGCUGUAUGGACGUCAUUGAAGCUUGCCAUCAAUUUGUUUUAAAGUGGUGAUAGGAAUCUGGACAACCAUAAUAAUAAGUUGAAACACAUUGGAUGCUUCAACGAAAAUAACGUGGGUUUAUACGAGACAAAAACACGUUAAAAUAAAAUUAAGGCGAGGUCAGGUCAAGACUAAUAAGAUAUUCCUGUAUUUCAAUAUCCCGGAGAGGAUUUAAAAUAUACCUUAAGUGAAGAAAUAGAUUUUUGAUGAUGGAAUAAAGCAAGGUGUGUUUUACAUUAACUUUCUUAAAUAUUUAUUUCUCAAAGAAGAGGGGCGUGUGAUAGUUUAGGGGAAUUAUGGUGGAUUGUCGCGAGGAAUUCCGAUUGAAAAGCUUCCUGUUUCAGCAUGAGGAUCCGCAGAUAUUUGUACAGUUCCAGUUCGGUAAGCAGACGGCAUACCUUGUAUGGCGGAUAUUCUGGGCACUGUACCACAUUGCGUGGAUAAUAGUUAGCGGCAUCUACGUGGAGCAGUGGGCGGGGCCAGACUCCAGUCAACACGUGAAGUGGUUUAUUUUCCUGACUAACUGGGCGUACUUUACGUUGACUGUGGCGACCAUAGUUGACGCUGCUGUCGUCGGUUACGUUUUCUUUAAACGGCGAGACAUUCUUAAAGGGAUAGCGGAUUUCAUGCCUUGGUAUUUGCGUGCUGACUGGUGCUUGGCUACAAUGGCUGGUGUUGUCAGCGUCACAACCUCAAUCGUCUACUGGGGUCUCGUGUAUAAUGGUCGAGAUAUUACUGCCGUUGACGCAUCAACGCAUUUAAUCAACAGCGUUUACGUCAUUGCCAACGUGUUUCUAACCGGAAUGCCGAUGCGGAUAUUGCAUUUCUGGUUCUCGGUUUUGUACGCGCUGGUUUAUUCAUUGUUCACCGUAGUUUACUACUUCGCUGGAGGAACCAAUCAUAAUGAAAACCCGUAUGUUUAUCCGCAAUUAAACUGGGACGAAAAGCCAGGAACCGCUGCCAUGUAUUGCGUCAUUGUGACAUUUGUGGCUGUGUCCAUAGUUCAUCUUAUUUUGUUCGGAUUUUAUUCCCUUAAAGUGUUCAUUUCAAGCCGUGUGGGCCUUUGCGACCCAGUGCCAGAAUUAGAAGAUAUACGGUCGCCGACGCAUUCAAAUAUUGAAAUGAAAAUGCCGGAAUAUUAAAAAUCCUCC